AAGGUUUAGAGCAGAGGCAGCAUGAAAGCCUCUGAGGGUUUAAGAAACUUGGAUCUUGCGCUUUCAGAGAGCUUCGAUGGAGAGCGUGAGGGUUCGUUUGGAGUUCAAGCGCAGAGGCGUUCUGGCCGAAUCACAGUUGACGGAGGGACUUAGGCGAACCUGGCUUCUCCUCAAACCGGAAAUUGAGUGCAUCUCCGACCUCGCCGCCUAUCUCCUUCACACCUUCAACCUCCAAGAAUCUUGCCCUAAUGGCCUCGUCCUAUCCAUGGAUGGCUUUGUGUUACCGCCUUUCGAGUCAACGUGUAUUUUAAAGGAUAAAGAUAUCAUUUGUGUGAGAAGGAAAGGGGACACAGCGGUUGAUACUAUCAAGGCAGGUGAAGGGUUGGAUUCUCUUGGGGAAAAAGAAAAUGCGGAGAAGCAACUUGUGCUUAAAGGUGUGAAGCUUUUGGCAAAUGAGGAGUUUGAAAAGGAAUGUGGUGAAUAUGCUGAUGAUGUACAGGAAUGCACGGUUUCCAGGAAAAGAAAGGCAUCAGAGAAGCUUCUGAGCUCAAAGAGGAAGAAAAAUAAGGUUGUUACUACUCACAAAUGUCUAGUUGUUACUGAAGAUGAUCAGAACGAUGUCCACGUAAAGGAGAAUGGAGGCCUUCAUCAUCGUAGAGUUUCCCCCAAAAAGAGUGUCAGGAAGCACAAGUCAUCCAAAUUAUCAAGUGAACGGGAUGAGUUGAGUGCUCUGGAAAGUGAUGAAAUAAGUAAUGACACCACUAAAUCUACACCCCAUGCGAAGAGGUUUUGCCAACUUCAAGAAAAUGGCGAAGAAAGUGUUGAUGUAUCUCAUAAGCCUGGUGAAACUAAAAAGAUCCCUAGUAGAAGUGCUCGACGUAAAAAGGCAAAAAGGCGAUGGUUGAGGGAACAAGUCAAAGUUGAGAAGAAAAAGCUACUUCAGGGGCACACACUCAAAAAAGAUGAUGAGCAGUCACCUGUCAAAGGUAAUCAGAAGGUUUUUGAAGAACAUCAACAACCUGAUGAAAAUAGUGAUGAAGAGGAUGACAUUGUCCCUGUAGUAAUUAAGCCAGGACACAUUCGCUUUGAGCGCCUUGGUAAAGUGGAUGCAGAUAGGGCCAUCCAGCAAAAUCAAAUUCCUACGGAGAAUUUGCAGUGGCAUGGAAUAACCAGCAAAAAGAAGGGUCAAAAAUGGGGUAUUGAGAAAGUUGCUUCUUACAAAAGGAAUGAGUGGACGAGUUUAAAUCAAGAGAGUUCUGAAAUGCUGGCUACUGAAAUAGAGACAAUUGCAAACAAUCCCAUAGACUUUGAUAAGCUUACACCUUAUACUAGCGUUCCUAAGAAAGGUGACGUAGUAGCAUAUCGUUUGAUUGAGUUAUCAUCAUCAUGGACCCCAGAGCUUUCCGCCUUCCGAGUAGGAAAAAUAUCACACUAUGACCCUGUAUCCAAUAGGAUUAAGCUGGUAACAGUUCCAGAAUAUCCUAUUGAUUUUGAGAAGAUAGCUGAGGAGCAAUCUGCAGCACAAGCCGAUACAUCCCUUUAUGGGGAAGAUGGGUCUUUAAAGAUAAAUUAUUCGUCACUUCUUCAUAUCCGCAUUGUCAAACAUGGCAACUUGGAUUCUUCAGCAAAACCAGUCACCGGUGGGGUUAAUGAAGUUCCUGUGGAUAAUGGAACUGCCUUAUCAGGUUUCAGCAUCAGCAAUAACAAUAAAGAGACCCCUGCCCCUGCACGAGAAAAUGGAGAAGUAAAUGCGUGGGAUGAAAUCAGCGAGGCUUUGAAUGCAAAGAAGUCCCAGCUCUCUCAGGAGGAUGGCUGGAGUAAGGAAGAGAGUUCAGGCAAGAGGGAGUGGUCGUAUAGGGCAAUGAGAGGCAGUGCACUGGGUCCAACAAUGGCACUUCUAAGAGCACAAAAUGAACUAUGAUAAGUGCCAUCAGCUGUAGGGCAAUUAUCUGCUGUUUUCCUGUCAAUGAGAUUCACCUCUCCAUGGUUUGGGAGAUUUUGACAAAUGUAAAAGAAUACCAUAAUCGGUUUAAUGUAAUUAAAGGCCACAAGGUCUAUCAAAGGCUUAGUUUUUUGUAUAGAGAGGUGGUCAAUUUUACCUGUCAUAUUGAAGGGGUAGGUAAAUUGUCUCAAGUAGAAGUAGGCUUGUGGAAAUUUUCUUACAUCGAUCUCUCCUUCUCGGCUUUUGUUAGACCUAUUAGACCUGAGUUGGCCCAGGAAGUGUGUAAAUAUGAUGGAACUGUGGCGUAGGGAGCUUAGCUGAUUUA